AUGGCAGUCGCUCGUCGAGCUCGAGCGAUCCUCCUUGACCCCAACGUCAGGUCGCUCCUUCCCAACCCACUUCAACGACUCAGCACCUCGACGAGGAAGUUCAGCAGCAUGGCACCGACACCCAUCCUCCUCGCCCCAGAGCGAGCACGAGCCUCCGGCAUCACACUCGCCGAUCACGAGUCUGCCUUUCGCGAAAACUCGGCCACCAUCGUGAUGCCCUCGGCGGAAGCAGCGUUUCUCAACCCCGUCCAGGAGUUCAACCGCGAUCUGUCGACGCUUGCUAUCCGCACGUGGAGCGAGAGGCUCGAUGCCGAGAAGAAGGCGCGCUUCGUUCGUGCUUCACAGCGAAAGACGACGUCUGCUGGAAAAGGCAAAGGAAAGCGCAAGGAUGUCAACGGGUCGACCAGCGCAGAAGGGGCUGCAGCAGAAGCACAGAAACCAGACGCAAAGAAGUCGAGGAUCGACGAGAACGGCAACGCGACCGGCACUGCCAUGGCCGAGGCCACGGAAGCUGAAGCCACGCAGGGAGCCUCAUCGAGCGCAGCAGUCGUGCCGUCUGCAGAGGACGCAUACCGCAGCUACAGAUUCACCCUGCUCGAGGCACUCAGUGCGACAGGUCUGCGGAGUAUUCGAUACGCCAAGGAGAUCCCUUUGCUGCGAUGGGUGUUGGCCAACGACCUGUCGCCGACCGCGGUGGAGAUGAUGAAGCGCAAUGUCGCGCUCAACUUCCCACCAGACCGUCCGAUCGACGAGUGGAUCGUGUCCGAGGUUGACCAGGCGAGUAGCAGCGAGGCAGUCACAGAGGAGGCUAUGGACGAGGAUGCGCUUGCCGAGAGGGAGGACGAAGCGCGUUCGCGCACCGCAGCAACACUAGCAAACCAACAUCUCUUAGCAUCUGGACAGCCUGCAGCGACACCAGCAGCCGACGCCGCCGCAUCCGCCGCCAUCCACCCCGACUGCAAAGUGCGUCUCAACGCCGGCGACGCCAUCACGCUCAUGUACACUCAUCGCGAUCCCUCCCAACGCUUCGACGUGGUCGAUCUGGACCCGUACGGUUCCGCAGCCCCCUUCAUCGACGGCGGCGUGCAAUCCGUCUCGGACGGCGGUCUCCUCUGCGUCACCUGCACCGACCUUGCCGUCCUCGCCGGUCACAACUACCCUGAAAAGUGCUUCUCCCAAUACGGCGGUGUGUCGGUCAAAGCCGAGUUUUCGCACGAAGUCGCCCUGCGACUGGUGCUGCACACGAUCGCCACGUCCGCCGCGAGGUACGGUCGGUACAUCCAGCCGAUGCUGAGUUUGUCGAUCGAUUUUUACCUGCGCACGUUUGUGCGGGUGUGGACGGGACCUGUGGAGGUGAAGAACGUUGCGUCGACGACGGGGACUGUGUACGUAUGUACGCACUGUCAGGACUUUCAUGUGCAGCGGUUCGGGCGGACUACGGAGGCGAGGAGCACGGGUAAGACGGGACAGGAGAAUGUGAAUCACAGGUAUCAUUCGGCGCAGGGUCCGCCGGUGGGGGAGAGGUGUGGUGAGUGCGGCAAUCGGAUGCAUUUGGGUGGGCCGAUGUGGUUGGGUGACCUGCACGAUGGCGAGUUCUGCCAAUCGGUAUUGGCGAAUUUGGAGGAGAACCCAGGGGCGUUCCAUACAAGCGCACGCAUUCACGGCAUGGUCAGCCUCGCCGCUCAAGAAUUGGGCAGUGAAGGGCUGUUCUACUUCACCCCGCCUAAGGCGAGUGGGUUGUUCCACUGCGUCUCGCCCCCGCUCGAUAAGAUGGUCUCCGCCUUGCUGUCGGCAGGCCACAAGGUGAGUCGGUCACAUGCGUCAGCAGGAUCGCUGAAGACGACUGCCACAAGGGGGCAGAUCUUCGACAUCCUCCGCUACUGGGUCAAGACCGUUCAGCCGGUCAAGAUGGAGAAUAUGAAGGAGAAGGACUUUGCGCGCGUACUGCUGGCCAAGGAACCGACGAGGGAGUACGAUUUUGACGACGUGAAGCGGAAAGAGGUGCAAGAGGUGUUGGGGAAGGGAGAGAAGAUCGUGCGGUACCAGAGCAAUCCGCAGGCCAAUUGGGGACCGGGGACUGCGGCCAAGGGACAUAAAGGUAGGAAGAAGAGGAACUUGCGACCCGACGAUCUGGCUUCCUCUUGA